AUGUCGUUUGGAAAGCGAAUCCGCGCACUCCAUCCCAGGCCCUUCCAAUUACGGCUCCCAGGUGAAACAUCCAUCUGGAUCAACGAUGAUAUCCGACCAAUGCCCCCUUCCCGUCGUCUCUGGGACAUGUGGGCAUACAUAUCGUUCUGGGCUAUCAACCAGAUUGCUCUGAGUAACUGGCAGAUUGGUGCCUCGCUGAUUGCGGUUGGGCUAUCGGUCUGGCAAACUAUGAUUGCAGUCAUCAUUGGAAAGAUCAUAAUAUCGGCGGUGGCUAUCUGCAACGGCGCUAUCGGUGCUCGUUGGCACAUCGGAUUCCCUGUCCUUUCCCGUGGGAUCUGGGGCGUCUACGGAUCAUAUAUCAUCAUCGUCCAACGCAUCGUUCUCAGCUUGACCUGGUUCGCGGUCCAGUCGUGGACAGGAGGACUUUGCGUCACGGCGGUCUUGAGUUCGAUCUUCUCCUCCUUUCACCAUAUGCACAACACCCUUCCCGCGUCGGCCAACACGACCACGAAGAACCUUGUCGGUUGGGUGGUAUACAAUAUCAUCACAAUUCCUAUACUCUACAUUCCCCCAGAGAAGACUCGACGCAUGCUGUUCGCCAUGAACACCAUCUCUGUGAUCACGCUCAUUUCGAUCAUGAUUUAUGUCUUGUCAAGCGCAGGCGGUGCCGGGCCCUUGCUUUCGGCUCCAGCCACUGCCAAAUCGGGCAGUGAACUAGGCUGGGCCAUUGUUCAAGGCAUCACAACUGUGAUUGGUGGUAUCGCGGUCGGCCUAACCAAUCAAGCCGACUACUCUCGAUUUGCUCGCCGACCUGGCGAUCAGGUCUUCGGCCAGUGGUUCUCCAUCCUUACCUUGGGCACGAUUUUGCCGCUCUUCGGAUGUCUGACCAGUUCCGCGUCGAUGAAGCUGUAUGGUGAGGCCUACUGGAACCCGCCGGAUCUACUGCUGCGAUGGCUGCAAGAUGACUACAACUCCAAAGCUCGGGCUGGCGCUUUUUUCGCCGGCGUCGGGCUUGUAGUGUGCCAGUUGGCCAUCAAUACCAUCGACAACGCCUUCUCUGCGGGGAUGGACAUGGCUGGAUUUGUGCCCAAAUUCUUCAACAUCCGCCGCGGCGCUUACUUUGCACUCGUUCUCUCGAUUGCCAUGUGUCCAUGGGAACUGCUGGCUUCGGCAGGGACCUUCAUCAGCGUCAUGAGCGCGUAUUCUGUCUUCUUGGGCCCGAUGUGCGGCAUCCAGAUCUGCGAUUAUUUCCUGAUCCGACGUCGCCAUGUGAAACUCUCGGAUCUCUACAGCCCAUCCUCGUCCGGCAUCUACUACUACUUCCACGGUUUCAACCUGCGUGCAUUCGCAGCCUGGGUUUGUGGCUGGGCGCCGCAGCUACCGGGUUUCAUUGCCGAUGUCAACGCCAGUGUCACGGUGCCCAAGGCGAGCAUGGACAUGUUUUAUCUUGCUUUCCCCCUGGGUCUGGCUAUCAGCUUCACCAUCUAUUAUGCGCUGAACAGGGUGUUUCCCCCUCAGGGAGUCGGCGAGUACGAUGAUGUCGAUUACUACGGAACGUUCAGUCCUGAAGAAGCGACCAAGCUUGGAGUCACGCCUUUGGAAGAAGCCAGUGGAGGGGAUAUGAUGAGGGAAAAGGGUGUGAUGAAUGAAGAAAUCACUGCGGAAAAAUGA